AUGUCGGUGAAGCGCUGGUGGUGCAUCCUGCGCCUCCAAGGCUUCGACGACUUCGGAGACACGCUUGAGCGCGAGAGAGGUGGGGACCGCGGGUCGUACGGGGACGACGGGGGCUUCCGCGGGGGCCGGCCGGGGGCCGACCGGGCGCGGGGGCGCGGGAGGGGGGGUCACGAGAGGGACCGCGGGGAGUUUCGACGGGGGGGCGACUACGACGACGGAGACAGCGGGCCGCAGUGGCGGACGCGGCGCGAGCUGCGCGGAGGCGGCCCGGCGCCGAUCCUCGCCGACCUGAGCGGCGAGGUGGUGUGGGGGGUGUCUCCAGUCAUCGCCGCCAUGCGGUCAGGGCGGCGCGAGCUGUACAAGCUCUUUGUGCAGGACGGGCUGGGCUCGGGGCAGGGGCGUCGCAGGGACCGUUCGGCGCUGCAGGCGGCGCUCGCGGCGGCGGAGGAGCGCGGCGUGCCCGUGGACUACGUCUCGAAGCACGACCUGAACCUCCUGUCGGACAACCGGCCGCACCAGGGCCUGGCCAUUGACGCGUCGCCAAUCGAGCCCACGAACCUCGAGACGCCGCCGCCCGCAGAGAGGGCGGCGGGGGCGACGCGGGCGCCGGUGUGGGUGGCGCUCGACGAGGUGACGGACCCGCAGAACCUGGGCGCGGUGCUGCGGUCGGCGCACUUCCUGGGCGUCGACGGCGUCGUCAUCUGCGCGAAGAACUCCGCACCGCUGUCGCCGGUGGUGUCCAAGGCCAGCGCGGGCGCGCUCGAGGUGAUGCCCGUGCACGCGGUGGGGAACCUCAUGCGCUGGCUGCACCGCUGCCAGGAGGAGGGCUGGGAGGUCCUGGGCGCCGAGGCGGGGGAGGACUCUGUUGACAUCAGGGAGGUGUCGGUAGAGUCCCCCACCGUGCUCGUGCUGGGGUCCGAGGGCUUCGGGCUGCGGCCGCUCGUCCGCCGCGCGUGCUCGGCGUUCGUGCGCAUCGACGGAGGCGUGGAGGCGUCGGGGGAGUCCGUGGAGGGGUUCGAGGUCGACUCCCUGAACGUGUCGGUGGCCGCCGGCAUCGCGAUGCACCACCUCACGCGCGGGUGA